GAAGCUAUUCGAGAUCCUAAUCAAACUACAAAGCCAGCUCCCGAAGCAUUAACAAUUACUCCUAUAUUAUCUAAUAAUGAAGAGAAUAGGCACGAUCAAAGAGAAAAGCAAGCUCCGAUCCCUAUUUUUGAACUUGGUUUAGAUGUUGAACCUUUUCUACCUAAUGAUCUAGAUAGCUGUCAAACUCUUUUUCAUGAUCUUGAGCAAUAUGACGAAGACACAAUUAGACCAUUUACAAAAGAGAAGUUAGAUAAAUAUGAAAAGAUAUCAGAACCUGAAGCCAGCCCUGGACCUAGAAUGCAAUUCUUUAGAAAAGAUAAUAAAUCUAAAAAUUUGAUUAAUGAAGAAUUUAGUCACUUAGAAGAAAUUACUGAUAAACAAAAAAGAGAUCUAGAAUUUAGAGAGCAAGAAGAAUUAGGCACAGCACUUAAAAGAAGAGCUAUAGUAGUGCAUUGUGCAAAAGUUUUCAGAUCUUACCCUGAUAAUAGAAAGACUUACUUGAGAAAAAAUUUGAUAAGCGUGGGCAAUUCAAGUUUGCUUUAUGCUUACUAG